AGUUAAUUUUGAAAACAAAUUUGUUGAAUACCAAAAUCAUUUCGAAAAUUUAAUUCAAAAAAAAAAACAGUAAUCAAGACUUCUCUCAUACUCUCACAAGGUCACAAAUGGCAGAAACACUUCGAAUCAUAUUCUUCAAUUCCCUCGCCCCAGGAUAUCUUUCUUCUGCUCGCCGCCGAACUUAUUUUCCGGCCACCCGUCUUCCAUUUACCAGCAAUUACCCGUUCAGAAUCCAAACCGGUCCAACACUCGCCCGAAACUGCCACACCAUUGCUGCAACUCCGAUUAGAGCUCAAAGCCAAUCAUUUCAGGGAAAUGGAAGUGGGAGCCAUUUUCCAGCAAAAGACAGCAAUUGGACUGCACGGGUUUUGAAAUUUGCAUCCAAUAAUUUUCUUCCAAUAGCUCUUGUAUGUGGAGUAGCACUUGGAUUAGCAAAUCCUAGCCUUGGGUGUCUUGCGGAAAGAUAUCAUCUAUCCAAGCUUAGCACUUUUGGGAUAUUCAUUAUAUCAGGUCUAACACUCCGUACAGAAGAAGUUGGUGCUGCUGCUGAAGCUUGGCCAGUUGCACUGUUUGGUCUAGCUUCUAUUUUGUUCAUCACACCUCUAUUUUCAAAGAUUCUUUUGCUUCUUAGGCUUCAGCCUCAAGAAUUUAUCACAGGUUUGGCUAUAUUUUGCUGCAUGCCAACUACACUAUCUAGUGGAGUGGCUCUAACACGGCUGGCUGGAGGAAAUUCUGCCCUUGCUCUUGCAAUGACAGUAAUCUCAAGUAUCACUGGAAUCCUAAUUAUACCUUUUUCCAUCUCAAAGCUCAUUGCCACAGGAGUGGGUGUAUCUGUCCCGACUGAACAGUUGAUGAGAAGCCUUGUUCUCACCCUCUUGGUUCCUCUUAUCGUCGGGAAGGUUUUCCGAGAAAUUUUCAAGAGCUUGGGAGAAUUUGCUGAUCAAAAUCGUAAGCUCCUGUCUGUGACAAGUGCAAUGCUCCUCAGUUUGGCCCCAUUUAUACAAGUGAGUAGAUCAAGAUCACUGCUCUUACUGGUUAACCCAGCUGCUUUUUUCAUAGCAGUGGUCUUGGGAGCGUAAGCAUACUUUCCUCUCAAUUAACCCAAUGGGUUUGUAAGGUUUCUACCUUGUGUGCACUUUUAGCUCUUUUGGUUAAGGGUGGCAAAUGGCUGUACUUGAUAAAUUUUUUAUUUUAGUGGUAAUAGAUGGAUUGAAAGUAAUCCAUUUGUGAUCCAUUAAAAAAACAAUCCAUCCAUGAUCUAUUAAAUGUAGAGUAAAAUUCGUCCAAUCCAUCCAUUGAUAAUUUUUUUCCACAGAUCUCCAAUCCAUCUAUUGACCCCUUUAACGGAUGCAUUGACCUUUGGGUACAAAUGACUAAUUUCCCUCCUUGUAUUGUUCAAUAGAGGCAGGGGGAGGGG